AUGUCUCUCUACACUUCCUUCGCAGUUGCAGGUGCAGGCCCCACAAUCGGUGGCCGCAUCGUCAAGGCUUUGCUCGAGCGAGGCGCGUCAGUAGUCGCUCUCGCUCGACCGUCGAGUACAUCGACAUCGAGCCCACUCCUAGAGGGCGCUAAGAUUGCCACGGCUGACUAUGCUGAUGUCAAAGCAGUUGCCUCCAUUCUCCGCGAGCAUAAAGUGGAGGUCCUGAUUUCUGCAUUGGCAUACGGCGCAUUGCCUUCCCAGUCUACCAUCGCCGAUGCUGCCAAGGAGGCUGGCGUUAAACUUUUCGUUCCCUCUGAAUUCGGCUUACCCACGGAGGGAGGGAAGGGUGGUCACCUCGUGAUCAAAUCACAGUUCGCUGGUGAGACUUUUUUGUUUUGUGCCUGGUUUGGUUGCAAGUUGUUGAACGCUCGCGGUAUCGUAGACUACCUGAAGUCAUUGAGCAUUCCUUCAUUGCGCUUCUACACCGGGAUGUUCAUCGAGUUCAUUCCACAGUUUACUGGAGUUGACACAGGAAAGUUCUUGGUUCUGGGCAAGGGCGAAGCAUCUUUUUCUACCACUGCCUUGGACGACGUUGCGGGUUUUACCGCUCACGUUCUUACCUCCCUCCCGCCGGCUAAACUCCAUGAUGCGACGUUCCGCAUCGAGGGAGAACGCACCUCCUUCAACAAAGUUGGCGCCCUGUAUGCAUCCAAGAAUAUUCCAGUAGAGCAUGUCACCUCCCUUCCCGAAGGAUACGUCAAGCAGACACUUUUACAAGGCUUGUUUGAGAAGGGUCUGGGCAGCUCCGGAUGGGACAACUACGCCGACAAGGACUUCCCGGAAAACGCUAAUAGCGGUAAUGCGGCCUGGCCUGGGCACCAGUGGAAGAGUGUCAAGGAGGUGUUGGAAUUGUAG